AUGUCUAACCCUGCUCCCACCGUCGCUGUCAUUGGGCUAGGUGCCCUCGGUCUGGUGGCUUUGAAGAACCUUCUCGAGGAAGGCUACGAUGCAAUCGCCUAUGAGAAGAAACCAUAUAUCGGCGGUAUUUGGCGAUAUAACGAUGGAUCGGAUACUUCAGUCUUAAAGAGUACGAUAGUAAACAUAUCCAAACAACGGGGAUGCUUUACUGACUUCCCGUUCCGAGACGAUGUUGAAUCGUUGCCCAACGCGAAAGAGGUUGCAGCUUACCUUGUCGAAUACGCUUCCCAUUUCAAUUUACAUGACAAGAUGAAACUCAAUACCACUGUGCACGGAAUUAAGAGGGUAGAAGAAAUGCAGAAAUGGUGCCUGGAGCUUUCGGGUCCUGGUGAUGAGCCUAAAGAGCCGAAAUUGUUAUACUAUGACAAGGUCAUUGUAGCGACAGGACCCAAUGCAGUUGCUAAUUACCCCAAAGUCAAAGAUAUCGAGCUAUUCAAAGGCAGGGUACUUCAUAGCCAGGAAUAUAAGCGACCCACGGACUUUGAUGGAAAACGAGUGCUGGUUCUCGGCUUUUCGAAUUCGGCUGCAGAUACUGCAACCACACUAGUUGGGCAUGCAAAGGCAAUCUAUCUCUCACAUAGGCAUGGGAAUUUCGUGAUGCCACGCAAAUUGAACGGCAAGCCAGCAGACCACAGCGUUUCAUACCGAAUUACGGCUAUGAUGGAAUUUUUCAUGAAAUACUUUCCCCGUAUAGGCGAAAUUAUAUUCGAACAUGCAUUUGUCAAGAUGCAGAAUUCAUCCUUUGAACUCCAGCCAAACUGGAGAUUUACUUCAGUAGCCCCAGCAGCACAAUCUAUACCUAUUGUCUCCGAAGAUUUAGUUGGUGAACUGCGUGCGGGCACAAUCAUUUCUGUCAGUGGCCUAAAGCAAAUCAGGGGUGACCACAACGUCGAGCUUGAUGAUGGCACCCAACUCCCCGACAUUGAUUGCAUCAUCUAUUGUACUGGAUAUGACUUCGACACUUCGAUUGUUGGCGAGUAUGACCCGUCACGCCAUGUUAAUCAGAAGUGGCUUUCAUCCGCUGGUUCCAACAGGAGACCUUUUCCAUGGCUAUAUCAGAACGUCAUCUCCCUUGAUUAUCCCGAUUCGCUGGCUUUCAUGGGCACUACUGCGUUUUUAUCUCCGGCAUUUUUUGUGUACGAUCUUGCUUCCAUGGCUAUUGCGCAAAUCUGGAAGGGCAACGCAAGGCUUCCAUCAAAGGAGGAAAUGAACAGGCAAGCUGAUGAGCAUUUUCGCUGGAUCCAAUAUCUUGCUUCACGAGGCACCGUGCAUCCUAGCAGAGUGAAGAGUUAUGAGUGGAUGCAAUGGGCAAAUGAAGCAGCGUGUACUGGAGUCCCAGAUAAACUCGGCUAUGGGUUGAGUGGCUGGUGGUUUUGGCUGCGAAAUUAUAAGCUUUGCAACUUGUUGAUGGGGGGCAUUUACUCCCCUCAUAUCUAUCGGCUGUUUACGACGAGAAGACGGAAGGCUUGGGAGGGCGCUCGAGAAGCAAUAAUAAAGGCCAACUCUGUAUAA